AUGGUGGCUAGAAGCGUCCCCUUUGCCUACAUUGAAAAAACGGAGGAAGAAUUAAAAUUCAUGGAGAAAUCCGGUAUCAUUGAGAUUGUUACCAAGCCUUCGGAUUGGUCCAGUGAUAGUCUGGUGGUCCCAAAACCCAACGGAUCUGUUCGUCUCGUUGUGGACUUCACGGCCUUGAACAAAUACGUGAAGCAACCAAUUCACCCGUUUUCCUCCGCCAAGGACAUCUCGACAUCAAUUCCAGCCUCUUCAAAAUGGUUUGUUGUUUUGGAUGCGGUGAAGGGAUACUGGCAGGUGGAGCUAGAUCCUGCAUCCAGACAUCUGACGACUUUCUUGACUCCAUUUGGGCGCUAUCGCUACUGUCGGGCUCCCAUGGGUCUCAACGCUUCAGGCAAUGAAUUCUGCGCUCGAGGAGAUCGAGCCCUUGCUGGUCUGCCUGGAGUCCGUAAGAUCGUGGAUGAUAUUCUCAUCUGUGCCGAUUCCUACAAGGAUUUAGCGCAGAAAACUGAGGCUGUGUUGAAGAGAUGCGAGGAAAACAACAUCACACUCUCCAAGACCAAGGCUCAGAUUGGUUCAUUCGUGAAGUUCGCUGGAUAUGUCAUUGGUCCCGACGGUGUGCGCCCGGACCCGGCCAAGGUGGCAACUAUUUCUAAAUUCCCGGCUCCCACCAACCUCACAGAUUUGCGAUCGUUCUUGGGCUUGACCAAUCAGUUGGGUCCAGUCCUGGGUCAUUUCGAUCCUUCACUGCCCACCUUCCUUCUCACCGACGCUUCUUGCUUGAAGGGAUUGGGAUACGCUCUUCUACAAACGCAUGCCAAUGGUGAAUCCAAAUUAAUUCAAUGUGGAUCACGUUACCUGUCCGAUGCUGAAACUCGGUAUGCCGUUUGUGAGAUUGAAGCCCUGGCUGUUCAGUGGGCCGUGCAAAAGUGCCGCAUUUAUCUCCUGGGCAUGCACUUUACAGUGAUAACCGAUCAUAGGCCUCUUCUUGGAAUUUUCAAGGGUUCCAACCUGGCCUCCAUGGAUAAUCCUCGUCUUCAACGGAUGCUUAUCAAACUGUCAGGAUACACCUUUGAUAUCCAGUGGACGCCAGGCAAGAGCCAUCACAUUGCCGAUUCGCUAUCCCGAUAUCCACUCUUUGAUGAACCCCAAUCUCUUGAAGACGACGUCAAUUGGGUGACCAUUAACCUCACCACCGUCCAAGCUAACGCCCAUCCCAAUUUAGCAUUGGACUCAAUUUCAAAAAAUGCCAAAGAGGAUAUUAAUUAUCAAGCGGUGGUCUCUACUCUUCUAUCUGGCCAAUCUCCCAAAUCCUUGCCCCAAUCUCACCCGUCCAAAUUAUAUUCAAAGCAGUGGGAUGAUUUGUCUUUUGACGAAACCACGGGUCUUCUUAUCCUCCAAGGACACCGCAUUGUCCUGCCGCCAGCCUCUCGUCCAUCCAUUUUACGUGGUCUCCAUGCCUCCCAUCAAGGCAUUCGCCGCACUCGUGCCUGGGCUCGCCAUCUCUAUUUUUGGCCGGGCAUGAAUAAUGACAUUGAUCAGGUGGUGAGUUCAUGCUCAGCCUGCCAAGAACAUCGUCCGAGUCAACUGGUGGAGCCCCUGAUCCAAUCCACGGCCUCUCGACCCUUUGAGGCCAUUUCUGUGGACAUCUUCGAGAGCGCUGGGGCCCAUUACCUCAUCAUGGCGGACCGAUUUUCAGGCUGGCCGUGCGUGGCCCGUCUGUCCCGGAUGGACACCCAGGCGGUCAUCAAUAUCCUACAGGAUUGGUUUGUGGAUUAUGGGAUCCCGCAAACAAUUCGAUCUGAUGGUGGUCCUCAAUUUCGAUCUCAAUUCGCGGAAUUUUGCCAUCAUCAUCACAUUACUCACGAGCUAGCAUCCGCCUAUCAUCCGGUCUCCAAUGGACACGCCGAAUCCACCGUCAAAUCCAUGAAAAUUCUUCUUCAGAAGCAUGGCCACGAUUGGCGCUCCUUUCGUGGAUCCCUUCUGGAUUGGCGGAAUGUUCCCUGUGCCGACGGCCUCAGCCAGGCUCAGUGGCUUUUCAACCGUCGGCUCCGCACCCUUUCACCCGGCCAUGGCCAACUCUACGAGCGGCUCUCAGAGCAGGAUUGGCUAGCGGUCCUGGAGAAGCGGAGGGGAGAGGCGGAGAAGAUCAAGGCUCCCUUCGAUGCCCACGCGCUCACCCAAGGUCGAUCCAUGUUGACGCCUCAAACUAGGGUUCUCGUCCAGAACCCUCGGACCAAGAAAUGGGAUCGUUCGGCCUUGAUCCUCAGAACUCGACCCGAUGGACGAUCCUAUGAAAUCUUGAUGGAUGGCCGUACAGUUAUUCGGAACCGAUGUCACCUUCGUCCCCAUCCCACCAAAUCAACCCGACGCCUCGGAGGACACACCGGUAAAUGGCGACCCUGA